AUGAAGUGCAAGCCGAACCAGACGCGCACCUACGACCCCGAGGGCUUCAAGCAGCGGGCGGCUUGCCUGUGCUUCCGCAGCGAGCGCGAGGACGAGGUGCUGCUGGUGAGCAGCAGCCGCUACCCCGACCGCUGGAUCGUGCCCGGCGGCGGAAUGGAGCCCGAGGAGGAGCCGGGCGGCGCGGCGGUGCGCGAGGUGUACGAGGAGGCGGGCGUCAAGGGGAAGCUGGGCCGGCUGCUGGGCGUCUUCGAGCAGAACCAGGACCGCAAGCACCGCACCUACGUGUACGUCCUCACCGUCACCGAGCUGCUGGAAGACUGGGAAGACUCGCUGAGCAUCGGCCGGAAGCGCGAGUGGUUCAAGAUCGAGGAUGCCAUCAAGAUCCUGCAGUGCCACAAGCCCGUGCACGCCGCGUACCUGGAGAAGCUGAAGCUGGGCGGCUCCCCGACCAAUGGAAACUCCGUGGCCCCGCCGUUGCCUCCGCCCGAGAGCCAGCCUCAAUGAGCAGUAAAGAUGUUCAGGAAUCAUUGAUGUGAAUCCACUGCACGAUGGAUUUGUCAACUUCUAACGUUCCCGAGGAGACAGCUCAUCUGGUUUUCCUCUUACAUCUUGGGACAUUCCUUCCCCGUCUAUUCCACUGACUCUUCUUGCUCUGGUUGUUGUACUGUUGUACGUGAACAGACUUUAACUCAGCACCUAUAGCCUUUUGUUGUGCUUUUCUGAUGUGUCUGCCUUUGCCAUUAGACUGUAUCUUUGAGAGCAAAGACUAUUUUUCCUUACUCUUUGCAUUUUCUGCAUCUGAGGCACUACUUGAAAUAUGGUUGGCAUCACUGAAGGUCUUUGAUUCAAUUAAUAUUUUGUAAUCCCUGUGUGGCAAAACAUUCCCCUCCCAAUCUGGUGCUAGUAGAGUAUAUGCUGUCUAAGCACCAUACAUGUGGCUUUUGUGAUUCAGGUGUUUCAGAAACAUUUCAAGACAGUUUAAGAUGUUCAAGGACAUGAAUUAUUACUCAAAUUUCUAUGUCAUACCGCACAGUGGCUUGCACAGUUUAAAGAGUAUGCCAUCACUUAAGGCAACAUUUUGUAGAAUCAGUCCUUCGUGUAACAACUUUAGUGUUUUUGUACUGUUGUUAAUUUGCUUAAAAGUUUAUUCAAAAAUCAC